AAGACGAGAGCCGAUUCCCAGUGUUGUGCAGUGAUCAAUUACACCAACGUCUUGACGCUCCUAGUCACCAACAGCGAAUGGGAGUCAAAAAUUGUCUAAAAUUUCCUAAUCUCAGUCUGACUUGUCUGCAUAAUCAUUUUUCCGCAAGUUUGAACCUACCCCCACGACGAGUCUGAAAUUCGAAUUAUGAUUUCCACAGUCAAUGGUCACUCGAAAAAUUGUUGCAUGCAGGAUUAGUAUUUAUCUCAAUUGAGACGAGGGAGAUUUGCUCAAGUGUGUACCGUGUGUAAAACCAAGAGGACAGUGUAAUGGUCGUUCUUCUCAUCAAUUGCAAUCAGCAUUGGGAUUUUUAAGUAUAAUGUCUUCCGGAAAUUGGAUCUACCCGUGUGUGCUCUUUUUCGUCAUCAUCAACGGGAGGACUGCGUGGACUAGUUCAGAGCGUGCACAAAGUUUCACCGAAAAGCAAAGAUAUGACGGAUGGUACAACAACCUUGCCCAUCCUGAGUGGGGGUCUGUGGAUAGUCAAUUGACACGGCGCACGCCCCCUGCAUAUGCAGAUGGCGUGUACAUGCUCGCCGGUCAAAACCGUCCAAGCCCAAGAAAGCUAAGUCAAGUUUUCUUGAAAGGCAUCGAUGGGUUACCUUCGGCGAAAAAUAGGACCGCGAUGCUGGCUUUCUUUGGACAAGUUGUCUCAUCUGAAAUUCUCAUGGCUAGUGAAUCCGGAUGUCCAAUUGAAAUGCAUCGCAUCGACAUUGACCAGUGUGACGAAAUGUAUGACUCAGAUUGUAGAGGAAACCGCUACAUGCCCUUCCAUCGUGCUGGCUACGACAGGAAGACUGGUCAAAGUCCGAACAGGCCCAGAGAACAGAUAAACAAGGCGACUAGUUGGAUUGAUGGGAGUUUCGUCUACUCCACGUCUGAGGCGUGGGUGGCCGCGCUUAGGUCAUUCGUCAACGGAAGUCUGCGAACGGAUAGCACGGGGAAGUUGCCUCCCAGGAACGCGGAAAGAGUUCCGCUCAACAGUGCCCCGUCCCCCCACGUCCUCAGAAUGCUGGAUCCUGAGAAAAUGUUCCUUGUGGGCGACCCAAGAAGUAAUCAAAAUCCAGCCCUGCUGGCAUUCGGUAUACUUUUCUUCAAAUGGCACAAUGUGGUUGCAAGUCGAAUUCAAGAGAAGCACCCAACUUGGACGGAUGAAGAAAUAUUUCAGCGAACACGUAGAUUCGUUAUUGCUACCAUGCAGAACGUCAUCAUGUAUGAAUAUUUGCCUGCCUUCCUGAAUACGAAUCUUCCUCCUUAUGAAGGAUACAAACCGGAUAUGCACCCAGGAAUCACUCACGUCUUUCAAAGUGCCGCUUUCAGAUUUGGGCAUACCUUAAUUCCUCCCGGAAUCUAUAUGCGAGAUGCCAGUUGCAAAUUUAGAAAGACAGAAGAAGGGGGUUCCGCAAUCAGACUAUGCGCUUCUUGGUGGGAUUCUGACGAUGUAUUUCACUCUGGGAUUUUUGAGGAGAUUAUUCGAGGCCUUAGUUCACAAAUUGCUGAACGUGAAGAUGUAAUCCUUUGUUCAGAUGUGAGGGAUAGACUCUUUGGACCAAUGGAUUUUUCAAGACGUGAUUUGGGUGCCUUAAAUAUUAUGCGUGGACGAGACAAUGGUCUUCCUGAUUAUAACACUGUGCGGAAGUAUUUUGGACUGGCUAGAGUUUCAAAUUGGAGUGAAAUAAACCCCAUACUUUUCAAGGAAGAGCCUCACGUCUUUGCAAAGCUGAGCGAGCUUUACAAAGGCGACUUGAACAAUAUUGAUGUCUAUUUGGGUGGAAUGUUGGAGUCUCACGAUGGUCCCGGCCCAUUAUUCACGGCAAUCAUAAAAGAACAAUUUACCAGAAUUCGAGAUGCUGAUCGCUUGUGGUUUGAAAAUGAGGAUAACGGAAUGUUUACCAAGCAAGAGAUUGAAGAUCUAAGGAAAAUAAAAUUGCACGACAUCAUCGUCAACAGUACCUCAAUGGCGAACGAUGAAAUUCAAGAAAAUGUAUUCUUUUGGCAUAAUGGAGACCCUUGCCCCCAGCCGAUGCAACUAAAUGCUUCCGUUUUGGAACCAUGUAGUUACCUCAGAGGAUUUGACUACUUUGCCGGGAGUGAAGUGGUGUACAUUUACGCUUGCGUCUUCCUUUGUUUCGUUCCAAUUAUCUGUGCAGGGGCUGGAUAUGGAGUUGUCAAAUUACAAAAUAGUCGAAGACGACGGCUGAAAAUGAAACAAGAAGAAAAUAACAACGGAAAGUCUGUGGACAAAAUGAUUGUUAAAGAAUGGCUGCAUCAAAAUCACAAGAGACUGGUCAAAGUAAAAUUUGGUCCAGAGGAAGCCCUGUAUACAAUGAAUCGGAAGGGGGAGAAGAUUAGAUGCGUCAACCUUCGGGGUUGUGACACUUUAGUCAUCGAGGUUACUCAAGAUGCAAGAAAGAAGCCAAUGAUGCUUGUUCGUGUACCACGAGAUCAUGACCUCGUCUUAGAAUUUGAUUCCACGCAUUCUAGGGCUAAAUUUUUGGCAAAAUUAGACGCAUUUUUGAAAAGUUUAAAAAAGUCACUCGAGACAAUAGCCACGUACAGAGAACCCAUGUUGGCCAAUGCUGAAACUAAAGAACGAAGACAAAAGCGGUUGGAACACUUUUUCAGAGAAGCGUAUGCUCUCACUUUUGGACUGAAACCAGGAGAAAAACGUAAAUUAGAAGAUGUCAGUUCUGAUGUGAUCAUGGUCAUGCGAACUUCACUUUCACAAGCUGAAUUUGCUGGAGCACUUGGAAUGAAGGGGGACGCAGUGUUUGUAAAGAAAAUGUUCAACAUUGUUGAUAAGGACGGAGAUGGAAGAAUAUCUUUCCAAGAGUUUCUUGAUACGGUUGUCUUGUUUUCUAAAGGAAAAACAGAGGAUAAACUUCGAAUUAUUUUCGAUAUGUGCGACAAUGACAGGAAUGGCGUCAUUGAUAAAUCCGAAUUUAGCGACAUGCUCCGCUCUCUUGUAGACAUUGCAAAAACAAAUAGUUUGUCAAAAGAAGAAGUUACCGAACUUAUCGACGGAAUGUUCACAAAUUCUGGGAUUGAAACCAAGGAUUAUCUCACGUAUGAGGACUUUAAGCUCAUGAUGAAGGAAUACAAGGGAGAUUUCGUAGCAAUCGGGUUGGACUGCAAGGGUGCCAAGCAAAACUUUUUGGAUACUUCAACCAACGUCGCUCGAAUGACCAGUUUCCAUAUUGAAACGGUUCAUGAUAAAUACCGUUCAAAGAUAAGGAAACAAUGGGAUUGCAUUACUACUUUUCUGGAGGAGAAUCGUCAACAUAUUUUUUAUCUCUUUGUCUUUUAUGUCGUCACGAUCGCAUUGUUUGUGGAGCGAUUCAUCCACUACUCAUUCAUGACGGAGCAUACGGAUUUGAGGCAUAUCAUGGGCGUCGGAAUUGCAAUUACUCGAGGAUCCGCCGCGUCACUUUCUUUCUGCUACAGUCUCCUACUUCUUACCAUGUCUCGCAACUUGCUAACAAAGCUGAAAGACUUUCCAAUCCAGCAGUACAUCCCCCUCGACUCCCACAUCCAGUUUCACAAGAUUGUUGCUUGCACGGCUCUUUUCUUCUCACUGUUGCACACUGCGGGACACAUUGUCAAUUUUUAUCACGUCUCCACCCAACCCGUGGAACAUCUCCGUUGUCUUACGAAAGAAAUGCUCUUUCCCUCGGACUUUAGACCGACAAUAUUCUACUGGCUCUUUGAAACUGUGACUGGAAUAACUGGCGUCAUCCUGUUUGUAACAAUGGUCAUCAUUUUCGUAUUUGCACACCCAACAAUACGAAAAAAUGCUUACGGAUUUUUCUUUUCGGCACACAAACUCUACAUUGUUUUAUACAUUUUAUGUCUCAUUCACGGGCUUGCAAGACUUACUGGAGCUCCAAGGUUUUGGAUGUUCUUCGUUGGACCAGGAAUAAUUUAUACACUGGACAAAGUGGUCUCUCUCAGGACAAAGUAUAUGGAGCUGGAUAUUAUUGAGACAGAAUUAUUACCCUCUGAUGUCAUCAAAAUCCGAUAUUAUCGACCACCAAACUUCAAGUAUCUCAGUGGUCAAUGGGUGCGAUUAGCUUGUACCGCAUUUCGGCCACAUGAAUUUCACUCGUUCACAUUGACAUCGGCACCUCAUGAGAAUUUCCUCUCUUGUCACAUCAAAGCCCAAGGUCCUUGGACUUGGAAAUUGAGGAACUACUUUGAUCCUUGCAAUUACAAUCCUGAGGAGGACAGUCCUAAGAUAAGACUGGAGGGGCCGUUUGGAGGAGGUAACCAGGAUUGGUACAAAUUCGAAGUAGCUGUAAUGGUGGGAGGUGGCAUUGGCGUUACCCCGUACGCCUCAAUUUUGAAUGAUUUGGUGUUUGGCACUUCCACAAAUCGUUAUUCAGGGGUAGCUUGUAAGAAGGUGUACUUCUUAUGGAUAUGUCCAUCUCAUCGACAUUUUGAGUGGUUCAUUGACGUACUGAGAGACGUGGAAAAGAAAGAUGUGACAAAUGUGCUUGAGAUCCAUAUUUUUAUCACCCAAUUUUUUCACAAAUUUGAUUUGCGUACGACGAUGUUGUACAUUUGUGAAAAUCAUUUCCAAAGAUUGUCAAAGCGAAGUAUGUUCACCGGGCUUAAGGCCAUCAACCAUUUUGGGCGUCCUGACAUGACGGCCUUCCUAAAAUUUGUGCAAAAGAAGCACAGCUACGUGAGUAAAAUCGGAGUCUUCAGUUGUGGACCUCGCCCACUCACCAAAAGUAUAAUGUCCUCUUGCGAGGAAGUCAACAAGGGACGAAAAUUGCCGUACUUCAUUCACCAUUUUGAGAACUUUGGGUAAUCAUCCGUCUACCUGGACCUAAAUUUCCACCAAACUGUUUACUAUAUACUACUAGUUGGGAUGCCUUUAGUUGUUGCUUUGUGAUUUAGGAAAAGAGAAGGGCAAAUAUAUUUUUAAAUUAAAGUAUUCCUUUAUGUUGAUAUUAAAUUUUUGUAUGAAUUCUUCCAUUAUAAUUUAAUAAGGUAAUUUUUGCGAUUUUUUGUAAAAAAUAUAUAGGUAGUAAUGUCGUCUACGACCUAUUGUUCAUUAACGUUUUCCACCUUCCACGACUAGAAUUUUAAAAGAGCCGCAAGGAUCUGCCAAACAACAAGACUGUUAUGCUAUUUCUUAAAUAUUUAUACAAACUGUGAACAAUUUAACAAUAUAGAAAACGAUGCAAAGAUUCAUAGUCAUCUAUUUCCGUAAUAUACAAUUGAUUGUGUGUUUUGUUACAGCGCUUCUUUACUUUUUUCCAGUUAUAAUGAGUUGUCUUAUGAAAAUGUUUUAGUCAUCGUACAAUCUUUGAUUGAUGACAAAUUUUCACCGUUUGUUAGUGUUAAAGAAUAUUUUUGAUGAGCUUAAUGGGUUUAAUAUGUAAUGCUGGACUCCAGUAUAUCGCACCGUACAUAAGAGAUUUUAAACGAAAGUAUUACAUGGCUGGUUUACCCCGUUUGCAAAUUAGUAUUAUAAACCCAUUUACUUAGAUGAGUUUGCCUACGUGAUGAGUUUGUAACGUCUUUAACCUUAUACGUAAAUAUACUUUAUAUGAAUUGUCAUUCCGUUUAAAAGAAAAUAAAAAGAGUUACACCAUAAAGAACAUUGCAAA